GCUCUCUCAGAGGGAGGAUUGGCACGAGCUCAGAGAUUUCGAGAGCGACACCCUCAUGAAUUUUGAGUACGACCGCGCCCAUGCCGCAAAUCCGUUCCUGGAGCCGCAGUACUCCUUCCAGGAUCUCACGGACAUGGUUGGCGAGAUGGCGCACGGCUACGGCAAGUGGCAGAACCGCGAGUGCCAAGAGAUGAAGGCAGAGCUGAUGGAGGCAGAUGUCAACGGAGACGGGCUCGUGCCGGUUAGCCGUUUCUACCUCCAG